AUGGAGCCUCAGACAGAUGAAGCUGGCGGUGCUGCCCGGUUGUCCAGUCAGGUUGUUCGGGGCCGGCGGCACCCCCCGACGCUGCACAUGGUUAUUGAGGCACUGCAGGCCCAGGACGGGAAGAAGGGUGCCUCCGUCGUCACCAUCAAACGCUUCAUCCUGGCCAAGUACCCCGCUGUGGACCCAGUGCGCCUCAAGUACUUGCUGAAGCAGGCGUUGACCAAGGGGCUGAGCCGUGGGGACCUGGUGCGGCCCCACAACUCCUCUGCCCUGGGGGCCACUGGCCGCUUCAAGCUGGCACCUGAAAAGCGGCGGCAGAAGCAGCCGCCAGGCCAGACAGAUCCCACAGGAGGACAGGCCCCGAAGCCAGGACGCAGAGGAGCUGCCAAGGCCACCCGGGCCCCUGCAGCACUGGAGAGCGAAGGAGGACAAGGUACUGCUGAGGAGAAGCCAAAAGUCGUGAAGCAGAAGCCAAGGACAAAGCCUGCAGAUGCCCAGCCGGCACCGGCAACAGCGAAGCCCAGGAGUGAUGGAGCAAAGGCCCCUCGGGCCCCCGCAAAAGGGCGGUCAGCACCCCGCACAGCUCUGGCUGCCAAAGACAAGGGAGGGAAUGAUGGUGACUGCCCUGAGGGUGCUGGGGCAAAGGGGACCCGAAAGGUCCCAGUGGGCAAGACUAAGGGGAAAGUGCCUGGGGAGGUUUGGGAAGCUGUCCCCAAGGAGAAGGGGGCUAAAGGCAAGACAAGGAAACCCCAGGCAGCCCGAGGUGCUGGCCACGGGGAGGCUGCACCAUAG